AUGGCUGUAGACACGAGCUACCUGACCACCCAGGUCAACAACAUUGUUGAGCAGCUCCAUGGGAUCUUCGAUGAGAUCGGCGUUCCUGCCCAUGAGCGCGAUACUCGCGAGGCAGAGCUUUUUAGUGCGCUGUCGGAAACUUUGAAUAACCAUCUUAAGAUUGUUGAUGAAGAAAAAGAGGAGAUGACACAGGAGGCGCAACGCCUGAUCACAACAAUCCAACAAAUAGAAGUUUCUCUCGGUGAUGAGCGCGCCAAUGGCCAGUAUGAGCUCAAUCGCGAGGACCUUUGCAUUACCUACCCUCUCAACCGAUGCAUCGCAUUCCUGCGCGAGAAGAGCGACGCAAUGACCAAGCUCCACCGUGAGCGAUUUGAACAAAAUUGGUCGAUGCGCUUGAAUCCUACUCAUCCCACCUCGAGGCCUCAUUCCUUAUCAUUGAACUGCCUCCGACUGCGCCAGGCUCAACUAUCCCCCCCGAGCUUUGAUCUUUCCCCCGACUACGUUACUUCCCUCGACUCGGAGUUUACUCGCGUGUAUGAGGAGUAUCACCGCCGUAUUUCCUUUGUUCAGUCUACCAGCGAGGAGAUAAUUAAGAUGUGGGCCGAGUUGGGAACGCCCCAGGUACAGACCGAUACCAACAUCGUGAAGAACUACCGUGAAUCUCCCGAGCAGCUUGGACUGCACGAGACCGAUUUGGCCAAUUUGAUGGCCAAGCGCGACAAGUUGAUGGACGAGAAGAAGAGCCGCGAGCGUAAGAUCAAGGAGCUUCGCACUUCCGUCGAGAGUCUGUGGGAGCGCUUUGGCGUUGAAGAGGCUGAUCGCAAGGAAUUCUUGGCUGCUAACCGUGGCUGUGGUCUGCGAACUAUCAAUGAAUACGAGGAGGAACUGUCACGUCUUAACGAAUUGAAGAGACAGAAUAUGCAUUUGUUCGUCGAGGAUGCCCGCUGUCGCCUGCAAGAGUUGUGGGAUGCCCUCUUCUUCUCUGAGGAGGAAAUGCUCGAUUUUACGCCUGCUUUCUCUGAUGUGUGCAGCGAUGCUCUUUUGGAGGCCCAUGAGGCCGAGAUCGCACGUUUGGAGGCCAUUAAGGAACAACGCGCGCCAACCCUGGAGAUGAUUGAAAGACACCGUGGCCUGCUGGCAGACCGUGAGGCUUUGUCGUCAUCCAGUCAAGAUGCUUCCCGCCUCAUGGCCCGCGGCAACAAGGGCGAGAAGCGUGAUCCAGGCAAGCUUCUCAGAGAGGAGAAGAUGCGCAAGCGCAUCUCAAAGGAACUUCCUAAGCUUGAGGCGGAUCUUCGCAAAGAGUUAGAGCACUGGGAGGACGAGUUCGGACGUCCAUUCUUGGUCCACGGUGAACGUUAUCUGGACAGCUUGACCCCGGCUGCCAGUCGAGCAGUGCCGCCUCGAUCUAAGACUCCAUCCGCACCUCCAUCUACCAUCAAGUCCAGUGCGACUAGACAACAGCCGGCUGCCCGCCCUGGCAGCUCCAUGCGUGGACCACCUCCACCUCGCUCUGCUACUAAGACUCCUAAUGGAAGUCGCCCUAAGCACAACACUAUCGGUUAUGGUGCGUCCCGGUCUGGGGCAACUUCUCCUUCCAAGCUUCCUGCCCGUGCUCCUCUGAGCAACAUGCCUCAUGGAAACAACUCUCCCGAGCGCCGGACUGGGCCUGGGUCUUACUCAUCUAGCACAAUAAAUGGGAAGAUGCCUCCUCCUCGUGGACCACCCCCACGAAUGCGUGCCCUGACUGUCGAGUCAAAGGACCGCAACAGUCACUUCCUGGAGCCACCGCGUUGCAACAGUGCCAUGUCCGGUGCGUUCGUUCGCCCGGUCAGCCCGGAAGAUCCCUAUGAUGACCGCCAGCGCUCUUUCAUGAGUUCUGUCAUGUCUAACUCGCAACGCUCAACCAACUCACAACGCUCAAUUGGCAUGCACUCUUCCCAUUCCUCUCUAUCCUCAAUCUCGUUGAGCUCUCAACAGACAUACCCCCGAAUGAACCCUUACCUGUCGCAGGCUCCUCCUCCUCCCGCGUUGCGACAGACCUCAAACUCAUCUACCGUCAACACCGCCACUUCCGGAUCUGAGAACUGGGAGACCUUUGAUGAUGGAUCUGGGUCUGAGGCUGAUCCUGCUGAUGUUUACUACGCGAAGCUGCGCGCUGGUCCUAAGCGCUUUGCCCCUGACGAUGGCUUGAGCCUAAUGGGCAAGAAGAGCAAGGGCAUUCGCAGUGUGAGCCCUGAUGGGCCUCAUCCUGGCCAGGUUCUCCGUGUUGCAGGCAGUGACACUGAAUGGACCGAUGACUUUGAGACGUAUUAA